CACAGAGAAUUAUUCAGGCUCUAACAGAAUCGUCGUCUUCUUCCUGAGAGAAAAUUCUCAGAGAAACAGAAGAUGAAGUCUCACUCUCUAAAUCUCUUCCUCCUUAUCGCCCUAACCGCCAUAGCUAGGUCGACGACUAUCUCCCACACGACGAUCGGAUUCACCUACUCGGCUCCAGCUUCCAUUUCCGGCUCCGUCGAACUCUGGACGAAAAGAAUCGCCGCGAAGUUUGUUUCCAUGAAGAUUCCGUCGGUGAGGCUUCUCGACUCGAAUCCGGCGGUGAUUAGCGCCUUUGCUUACACCAACGUAUCUCUCCUCCUCUCUGUCCCGAAUACUCUAGUUCCUAUCCUUGCUUCAAAUCGUUCGCUCGCGAUGCGUUGGGUCCAUAUCCAUGUGCUUCCAUUCCAUCGUCGCACCAAGAUCUCAACAAUUUCCGUCGGAAACGAACUGAUUACAUAUUCGCCGGAGGUUUCGCCGUUUUUUCUCCUCCGCGCUAUGCAGAACGUUCACAAAUCUCUCUCAGAUCUGAGAAUCUACGGUAUAUCUGUAUCCACGACGUUCUCUUUCCUUGACAUCAUCCCUUCGUCGGCGGCGAAAUUGAACAAAUCAGAGGCGAUUAAUAUCUCGCCGAUUUUGCAAUUCCUUGAAGAAACAGACUCAUCUUUGCUAAUCAGUUUUUGUCCCUACAAUGUCUUCAGAUCCAGAUGCUCGAAUCCAAUUGGAAUUGAUCUCUUUAAAAAACUUCCAUUGAAUUUCAGAGACGAUCUUACUACCGGAGUUAAACUCUUUGAUAUGAUGGUUGAUGUUGUGAUUGGCUCUAUGGCCGUCAGGGGCCACGAGAAUCUUCCGGUGAUUGUGGCGGAGACUGGUUUGCCUAGAUCAGGAAUCAACGAUGCCAGUGAGUUCCAUGCGAGAUGGAUCUACAGUGAAUUGUGGUUAAAAGAAUUGAUAGCUCGCUUGAGUAAACAAACUGUUUCACAACCAUUGAGUAAACUCACUGUUUCAGAGGUUUACCUCUAUGAGCUUGUUGAGAAAGAUGCCACUCUCGGUAUUGAGUGUUAUGGACUCAGCUCUACUGUUGUUUAUGUUUGGCUCUCUCUGUUAUGUUUCGUCAUUUGUUACGCCAUGUUGGAGAUUUGCAGACAGAAAAGGAAAUCUCGAAGACUAGAAGCUCUCCUACUGUGGUUAAGUGAUAUGGAAAGCCAAAAAUACCAAAUUCUGAUACAAUGCCGAGAGCAUUUACUAGAAGUGCUCCCAUAUGAAAGAGGGUGGUCUGCUCAAAGCACUCAAGACCUUUUGGCUUCAAUUGGACAAAUGAUGAGAGACUUAAAAAAUGGAAAACCUUUUUAUCCUAAUGAGGAUAACGCUUAUAAAAACAUAGAAGAAAUACGAAGACUAGAAGAAGAACAUCUGGAACGGUUCAAAGACUACGCAAAGGCAAUAAAAGAAUUUCGAGAUGCCGCAGAAGAGUAUUAUAUGGAUCCUUCUCGUGCAUUCGAUGACUGAGCCAAAUUACAGCGUCUAAGAUGUUUUCUGGUGGAAGCUGGUGGCUCGCCAUUGUUCCCCAGUUAACUCCUACACUACUAGUGUUGCUUGAGGCAAUGGAAACUUGUGAGAUGAUAAGAAAGGAACAAAGAAUAAUCCGAUGAUAAUACAAGUGGUUUGUUGUU